GAAACGGCCAAACGAAGAAGACGUAUCGUGUGUGCUCAGACUUGUGCUCUCAGAAUUUUGGUCAUCUACAUUCACCUCUCUGUUUAGAGUAAAAGGACAACAAACACAAGUCACAAGCAAUCAGCCAAGAAAUAAUUAAAAACCAAAAAGUGUGUUGAAAUUGUUCAUUAAAACGAUUCUAAAUCUGAAUCUAAAACAAAAACCAGCGAAGAGAGAGAGCAGCGAAAAGUUAACAGCGAAUUCAGCGGCAGAAGCAGAGCAGCGGAGCGCAAGUGCAAGCGAGACGGCAGCCUAGCUCCGCUGCAAGGCAACGGGAUAGUAAGAGACAGCGUGCAGCAACAGAGAGAGGGCAAGAGCGAACGAGACAGAGAGAGAGAGAGAGAGGAGCAGCAGCGGCGGCCGCCACAAAGCCACAAAAGAGAGCUGGCGAGAGGGGGAGAGAACUAGACGACGCGACGACCUACUACAAAAAAGGCUCUCCGGUCAAGCUACCCAGCGUCUCCAGAAGAGAAUACAAAGGAAUAACCAUUCAAAUAAUUAAGGACUUUUAAGAGACUGCUACAAAAAGGAACAACAAAAACUACAAGCUAAUUUAAACAGGAGAAAAGAACGGAAGACUAGAAAUAAUCAUAAUACACAGUAGUUUAGCAUUAGAGAACCGACAGCAACAACUACAAUAACACUGCGAACACUAAUUCUAAUUCAAAAUUACACAGAGAAGUAUUUUUUUGGCCUUAAGAGCAAAAUCACACACAUACAUACACACACAUGUAAACAAAACAAAGAAAAGAAUUUGUAGAACACCAAGCAAGAAUCACUUUUAGCCUUAUAUACAUACAACCUAAAAAAGAAAGUUAAUCUUAAGCUUGGAUUAGAAUGAGAAGACGAAGCAAGAGUCCUAUAAAAGAAAACAAGAACAUUACAAGUAAUAUUGAAAUUAUGGGGAGCGUCAGGGAGUCUGAUCAGGGGACUCUUGUCUUGGAUGAAAUAUCCGGGGAAAUUCGCCAAGAAGCUGCAGCGGAGGACAAGAAAGAAGAUUCAAAAUCACCAUCUCAAGGACUUAAAAAAGAUCCGGAUAAGGAAAAUAAUUCGCCGAAUCUAUCCCCAAAUUCUGAAGGAGUAGAUGAUAAAGCCACCGAAAAGGGCGAGAAAAACACUGAUAAUAAAAAUACAGAAAGCGAUUGCAGCGAUAACGAGUCAAAAAAAGAUAGUCCAAAGACCAGAAACCUCGAAGGGAGUUCAACCGAAUGUGUUAGUAAAGACGAGAAGCGGUCACCCACAUCGUCUGAAUCAAAAUCCUCGGCUUAUACUAAAGAAUCGCACAGAGAAUCGGCAGAAUCCGUAACAAACGGAGACAAAAAAGAAAACCCCAGGCACCAAGAAACUUCCUAUUCCCAGAGUUCCGAAGGCGAGGAACACCGCAGAUCUAGGGAAGUAUCAAACCGAGGAUCGGCAGCUUCCAGGGAACACAGGGAACUAUCAGACCGAGAAUCGGCAUAUUCCGAAAGUUCCGAAGGCAAAAGAGAAACCCCCAGGCGCAGAGAAGAAUCGCACCGAGAAUCUUCAUAUUCCGAAAGUUCCAAGCGCAAAGAAGAAACCCCCAGGCGCAGAAAAUUAUCUCGCCGAGAAUCUUCAUAUUCCGAGAGUUGCGGAGGCAAGGAACACCGCAGAUCUAGGGAAGUGUCGAUCCGAGAUUCGGCAUAUUCCGAAAGUUCCGGACGCAUAAAAGAAACCCCCAGGCGCAGGGAAGGAUCGCACCGAGAAUCUUCAUAUUCCGAAAGUUCCAAGCGCAAAGAAGAAACCCCCAGGCGCAGAAAAUUAUCACGCCGUGCAUCUUCAUAUUCAGAGAGUUCCGUAGGCAAGGAACACCGCAGAUCUAGGGAAGUGUCGAUCCGAGAUUCGGCACAUUCCGAAAGUUCCGGACGCAUAAAAGAAACCCUCAGGCGCAGGGAAGGAUCGCACCGAGAAUCUUCAUAUUCCGAAAGUUCCAAGCGCAAAGAAGAAACCCCCAGGCGCAGGGAAUUAUCACGCCGAGAAUCUUCAUAUUCCGUGUCGAUCCGAGAUUCGGCAUAUUCCGAAAGUUCCGGACGCAUAAAAGAAACCCUCAGGCGCAGGGAAGGAUCGCACCGAGAAUCUUCAUAUUCCGAAAGUUCCAAGCGCAAAGAAGAAACCCCCAGGCGCAGGGAAUUAUCACGCCGAGAAUCUUCAUAUUCCGUGUCGAUCCGAGAUUCGGCAUAUUCCGAAAGUUCCGGACGCAUAAAAGAAACCCUCAGGCGCAGGGAAGGAUCGCACCGAGAAUCUUCAUAUUCCGAAAGUUCCAAGCGCAAAGAAGAAACCCCCAGGCGCAGAAAAUUAUCACGCCGUGCAUCUUCAUAUUCAGAGAGUUCCGGAGGCAAGGAACACCGCAGAUCUAGGGAAGUGUCGAUCCGAGAUUCGGCAUAUUCCGAAAGUUCCGGACGCAUAAAAGAAACCCCCAGGCGCAGGGAAGGAUCGCACCGAGAAUCUUCAUAUCCCGAUAGUUCCAAGCGCAAAGAAGAAACCCCCAGGCGCAGGGAAUUAUCACGCCGAGAAUCUUCAUAUUCCGUGUCGAUCCGAGAUUCGGCAUAUUCCGAAAGUUUCGGACGCAUAAAAGAAACCCCCAGGCGCAGGGAAGGAUCGCACCGAGAAUCUUCAUAUUCCGAAAGUUCCAAGCGCAAAGAAGAAACCCCCAGGCGCAGAAAAUUAUUACGCUGUGCAUCUUCAUAUUCAGAGAGUUCCGGAGGCAAGGAACACCGCAGAUCUAGGGAAGUGUCGAUCCGAGAUUCGGCAUAUUCCGAAAGUUCCGGACGCAUAAAAGAAACCCCCAGGCGCAGGGAAGGAUCGCACCGAGAAUCUUCAUAUUCCGAAAGUUCCAAGCGCAAAGAAGAAACCCCCAGGCGCAGAAAAUUAUCACGCCGUGCAUCUUCAUAUUCAGAGAGUUCCGGAGGCAAGGAACACCGCAGAUCUAGGGAAGUGUCGAUCCGAGAUUCGGCAUAUUCCGAAAGUUCCGGACGCAUAAAAGAAACCCCCAGGCGCAGGGAAGGAUCGCACCGAGAAUCUUCAUAUUCCGAAAGUUUCAAGCGCAAAGAAGAAACCCCCAGGCGCAGGGAAUUAUCACGCCGAGAAUCUUCAUAUUCCGAGAGUUCCGGACGCGAGGAACACCGCAGAUCUAGGGAAGUGUCGAUCCGAGAUUCGGCAUAUUCCAGGGAACACUGGCAAGUAUCAGACCGACAAUCGGCAUAUUCCGAAAGUUCCGGACGCAAUAAAGAUACCCUCAGGCGCAGGGAAGGAUCGCACCGAGAAUCUUCAUAUUCUGAGAGAUCCGGAGGCGAGAAAGGCCGCAGAUCUAGAAAAGAAUUGCACCGAGAAUCGGCUUAUUCCGAAAGUUCCAAGCGCAAAGAAGAAACCCCCAGGCGCAGAGAAGAAUCGCACCGAGAAUCUUCAUAUUCCGAAAGUUUCGGAAGCAAACAGGAAACCCCCAGGCGCAGGGAGUUAUCGCACCGCGAACAGGCGUACCAUCUCGGACGUAACGGACCCACAUCGAACGGUGAACAAGAAAGGGGUUAUAAGCGGAAACGUGAUUCUUCAGACGGCGAAGAAGGGCAGCAACAGUCUCGAGCUACAGCAUCGCGUGCUUUAUAUUCUUCAACACCAUCCUUGGUGAAACAAAGCCCAAAAAACGAGGAACAGAUCCCCAGAUAUAGAAAAGAGUCACACGGCGAACAGGCAUACCAGCAGAGACAUAACGGACCCACAUCGAACGGUGAACAAGAAAGGGCCUCUAAGCGGAGACGUGAUUCUUCACACGGCGAAGAAGGGCAGCAACAGUCUCGAGCUUUAGCCUUAGGUGCUUUAUAUUCUUCAACACCUUGCUUGGUGAGACCGAGAAACGAGGAACAGAUCCCCAGAUAUAGAAAAGUGUCACACGGCGAACAGGCAUACCAGCACAGAUAUAACGGAUCCACAUCGACCGUUGAACAAGAAAGGGCCUCUAAACGGAGACGUGAUUCUUCAGACGGCGAAGAAGGGCAGCAACAGUCUCGAGCUACAGCUUCACGUGCGUUAUAUUCUUCAACACCAUCCUUGGUGAAACAAACCCCAAAAAACGAGGAACAGAUCCCCAGAUAUAGAAAAGAGUCACACGGCGAACAGGCAUACCAGCACAGACAUAACGGACCCACAUCGAACGGUGAACAAGAAAGGGCCUCUAAACGGAGACGUGAUUCUUCAGACGGCGAAGAAGGGCAGCAACAGUCUCGAGCUUUAGCCUUAGGUGCUUUAUAUUCUUCAACACCUUGCUUGGUGAGACCGAGAAACGAGGAACAGAUCCCCAAAUAUAGAAAAGUGUCACACGGCGAACAGGCAUACCAGCACAGAUAUAACGGAUCCACAUCGACCGUUGAACAAGAAAGGGCCUCUAAGCGGAGACGUGAUUCUUCAGACGGCGAAGAAGGGCAGCAACAGUCUCGAGCUACAGCUUCACGUGCGUUAUAUUCUUCAACACCUUUCUUGGUGAGACAAAACGCGGAAGACGAUCAGCGGUCCGUAUCUUCAUCCCACACAGAGUCUGAUUCAGAAGGCGAUUCGGAAGCCGAACGCAGAGCAAGCUUCGACGCGGAAACCCCCAGGCGCAGGGAGUUAUCGCACCGCGAACAGGCGUACCAUCUCAGACGUAACGGACCCACAUCGAACGGUGAACAAGAAAGGGGUUCUGAGCGGAAACGUGAUUCUUCAGACGGCAAAGAAGGGCAGCAACAGUCUCGAGCUUUAGCCUUAGGUGCUUUAUAUUCUUCAACACCUUGCUUGGUGAGACCGAGAAACGAGGAACAGAUCCCCAGAUAUAGAAAAGUGUCACACGGCGAACAGGCAUACCAGCACAGAUAUAACGGAUCCACAUCGACCGUUGAACAAGAAAGGGCCUCUAAGCGGAGACGUGAUUCUUCAGACGGCGAAGAAGGGCAGCAACAGUCUCGAGCUACAGCUUCACGUGCGUUAUAUUCUUCAACACCUUGCUUGGUGACGCAAAGCGCGGAAGACGAUCAGCGGUCCGUAUCUUCAUCCCACACAGAGUCUGAUUCAGAAGGCGAUUCGGAAGCCGAACGCAGAGCAAGCUUCGACGCAGAAACCCCCAGCCGCAGGGAGAUAUCGCACCACGAACAGGCGUACCAUCUCAGACGUAACGGACCCACAUCGAACGGUGAACAAGAAAGGGGUUCUGAGCGGAAACGUGAUUCUUCAGACGGUGAGGAAGGGCAGCAACAGUCUCUAGCUACAGCAUCACGUGCUUUAUAUUCUUCAACACCUUGCUUGGUGAGACAAAGGCCUAGAAACGAGGAACAGAUCCCCACUAAUAGAAAAGUGUCACACGGCGAACAGGCAUACCAGCACAGAUAUAACGGAUCCACAUCGACCGGUGAACAAGAAAGGGCCUCUAAGCGGAGACGUGACACAAAAUCUGAUUCAGGAGACGUUCCGGAAGCCGAACUCAGAGCAAGAUUCGACGCGGUGUGGCAAAUAUUAGGCAAUCGCCGUUUAACACCAGCGAUAAGUGAAGAAGAGCAGACAUUUGAAAGCGAGAGCGAGCGGGAUUCAUUCUCGGACGACUAUCCGCAAGAAGUGGUGCAAAGAGUCUUCAGAUAUAUUGAAUUACCGCCCUUGCACCGCAACGGUAACGAAAGCGAACGCGUGUCGGCGGCGGCAGCUUUACGUUCAACUUCACUCUCACCUUUAUCUUUACCUUUCUCUUUAAAAACAGUUUCACUUCCGGAUUUAUUUCAUCAUUCACCUCCACGUGUAUUUAAACGACAUAAAACUCUAGGAGAUUGUCCGGGGUCUAAAAACGGCAAUACUUCAAAAGGAACAUUUUAUGAAUUAGAGAAACGUGAAGAUACAGAGACCGACGAUUCGGAGACCGACGAUUCGGAGAACGACGAUUCGGAGAACGAGGAGGAAGACCUAAAUCAGGAUAGCCCAAGGAAACGCGACGAUACCGAUACUGAUUCAGAUUCAGAAGGACCUCCCGGAGCUUUAAAGACACAGCAACAACAACGUGAAGAUACAGAGACCGACGAUUCGGAGAACGAGGAGGAAGACCUAAAUCAGGACAACCCAAGGAAACGCGACGAUACCGAUACUGACUCAGAUUCAGAAGGACCUCCCGGAGCUUUAAAGACACAGCAACAACCAGAGGAGGAAGCAAAAGAACGUGAAGGUGGAGACAGCCGAGACUCGGCUUCUGGCGAGGACGAUCAGGUUCCGGAUUGUAAGGAGGUGGGAACUGUAAAGGAUAGCCCAACAAAGUCUGACCUUGAAAUAGUUGAUGUUGGCAAUGAACUGGCAUCAAUAGCGGUCAACGGAACUAUUCCCGAGAAGAAUAUUUCGCUAGACUCGGAACUUGACUUAGUAACCCGAGGAAUCCUAAAUGUCAAUGAAGCGUUCGGGCCGGCAUAUUUAGCACGUCGCAACUUGAUUAAUACAAAGCAACAUCAGCAACAACAGCAAAACGAACAAAGUUUUUCGUGUGAGGUAGUAGCUCCAACUGUUUCUGAAGAUUUGAACAUAAUAUAUAAGCCGAUCCCUAAACUAAAGGAAGCAGGCAAGCUGUUAGAUAAAGAACUGCUCGAGAUCGAUAAAGAGAAUCGGCAGGAGCAACCGCAGCAACUGCAGGAACAGCAGCAAGAGAAUCAGGAGCAACUUCAGCAACAGCAGGAACUGCAGCAAAUGCAUCUCGAGCAACAACUCCAGCAACAGCAUCAACAGCAACAACUCCAGCAACAGCAACAACUGCGAAAUCUGCAGCAAGCGCAGGAUCUGCAACAAAAGCAGCAACUGCAGCAAGAGCAACAACAGCAGCAACUGCAGCAACAGCAACAACAGCAGCAAGAGCAACAACUGCAGCAGCAGGAACAGCUGAAUCGCCUGCAGCAACAGCAACGACUCCAGCAACAACAGCAACUGCAGCAACAGCAGCAACUCCAGCAACUGCAGAUUGUCCAGGAAAGAGUGCGCCGGCAGAAGGAGCUGCACCGUUUGCAACAAGACCAAGUAGAGCGGGAGCGUCAAUCUCGCCAGGAAGAGAAGCAGAGGCGCCUGGAACUGGAACGAAACUUGGAGAAGCGUAAGGAGGACUACGAUCGCCAGUUGCGCCUGCAGCGCGAGGAGCAUCAGAACAAGUUAAGGCAGUUGACGGAACUUAGGCAGCGGGACCUGUACAAGGAUCGGCCUAGUAAGCCACUGCCGCAGCGCAAGCCAGUGCUCAUGCAAAACGAAAUGGUCAGCAUCCCGGUGGCCAACUUAAACGGCGGCCUUAAGGCGCCCAGCAGCGGUUCUGGAGUGGGUGUGGUGUCAUCCGGCGGCGUCGUCUCCUCGGCGGUGCUGGCCAAUGCCCCCCGUGUUUACCUAACGCCUUCGUCUACAUUUAUGGCCAAUCGUCAGGUUUCGGCGGGCGUGGCGGCCACCGGAAAGAUAGCCGGAUCGGUUGUUGGCGCUUCAUCUGUCAAUGCGUCAGCCGCCGGUACUGUUCGCUACUUUUCACAAUUUAGCAAAGUGCAAACGGCCGGUGGACCCAGUCUGCAGAGAAAACUGGCCAACGGGGACACCAUUGUGCUGGCGAACGGCAACAAGAGUUUGUUCCUCACCAGCAACAGCAGCAGCGACAAGGGUGCGCCCUCGAGCGUCGCCACCAAUGGCAAUAGCUUGCUAACGGCCAAAACGGAGCUCUUGGAGGAGGAGGGCAUGCAGCCGGGAACUGUGAUCGAGGAGGUGGACGAUGACGCAGAUGAGGAUGAGAGCAGUCACACUGUCAAAUCCAAUGGGGAUCAGCAGCCGCAGGAUCAGCCCUUGGCACUGACAACCGCGUCCAACGACGGCAACGCCUCCGACGAUGAGCCCGAGCUGGAUAUUGUGAUCAACAAUGUGGUCUGCUCGUUUAGCGUGGGCUGCCAUCUGAAGCUGCGGGAGAUUGCCCUGCAGGGCUCAAAUGUGGAGUACCGUCGCGAGAACGGAAUGGUUACCAUGAAGCUGCGUCAUCCGUAUACGACGGCCUCGAUUUGGUCUUCGGGAAGGAUCACCUGUACUGGUGCCACCUCGGAGGCAAUGGCUAUGGUUGCAGCUCGUCGCUAUGCAAGGUGCCUGGGCAAGCUUGGAUUUCCCACUCGUUUCCUGAAUUUCCGCAUCGUCAACGUGCUGGGCACCUGUAGCAUGCCGUGGGCCAUCAAGAUCGUCAACUUUUCGGAACGUCACCGGGAAAACGCCAGCUACGAGCCGGAGUUGCAUCCCGGUGUGACCUACAAGAUGCGCGAUCCCGACCCAAAGGCCACCCUCAAGAUCUUCUCCACCGGCAGCGUUACCGUCACGGCGGCCAGCGUUAGCAAUGUGGAAGCGGCUAUCCAGCAUAUUUAUCCCCUCGUCUUUGAGUUCCGCAAGCAGCGUUCGCCGGAGGAGCUGCAGCACCUGCGUCAGAAGCAACGCCUGCAGGGCGGCGGCGAUCCGGCUGAAUUGGAGAAGCAGGUCAUCUCUGAGAACAAGGCGGCGAGCCUGGAUAAUAUUUUUAUUAACACAACGGCGGCGCACUCGAAGCCAUCGGCGAAUGAGCAAACGCCAGCCACCGCGGGCAUCUUGACCAGCCACAUUGACAGUAUGCAGCGCCUGAAGCAGGUCCAGAACUUCCACCAAAUGAUGACGAUGACGCAAGAUGAGCGCCGUCACAUACCCUUCCAGGGGGAGAAGGUCAACUCGGCCUCGACCUCGGCGGCGGCAGCAUCUGCCUCCUCGUCCUCUGCCUCGUCGGGGGAUAAUAUCUGUGCCAAUGCCCGUCGCCGGGCCACCGAAUGCUGGGCCACCAAGCUUCAGAAUAAGCGGCCGCGUUACAAUGAUCCCGGCACCACGGGACCCGUUAAUGCCCAGGCAUCUUCCCCAGCUUUAGCCUCAUACAAUGCUGCCUCCUCUUCAUCAUCAACCCUGGCCUCUCAGGCGCCACACCUGCGUAAUAAUCCCCUCAAGACGGCCGCCCUGGCCAAUGUCCGUAUGCGCGGCGCCAAGGUGCCAACGGGCAUGGUGCUCAAACCGGGCACACGGAUGGCGCCUAUCGGUGGAUACCUGCAACAGGCACAGCAACAGCAGCAACAGCAGCAACAGCAGCAGCAGCAGCAGCAGCAGCAGCAGCUGCAACAGCAGCAGAAGAUGCGCCUGACCAACUACUCGCCCAGCGAGUUCGAUGUGGAUGACCUGAUCGAGGAGGAGGAGAGCAACGAGUUGGACAUGCCGUAUUGAGUUAGCGCUGACCAUGCCAAAACAUUUAUAGCUUAAAUGCUAAAUCGAUGGAAAACCAAACAACACGCCACACAACAGAACAAAUCAAAUGAAAACACUGAGCUUUUCCGCCGUAUUUGUUGGUUCUUUGUUUAAGCCUCUUUUCAUCACACUUUUGUUUUUGUGUUCGCCGCAUUUAAAACGAACUCGAGGAAAGCCGGAACCACCGGACCCGAGAGCGAAAACAAAAAAAAGCAAAAAACAAGAAAAGGAAUGGAAGAACGACACGCAAUCAAAACACUUUAAUCCAAAGCGAAACAAAAUAUUCCCAUCAAGCAACACCAACAAAACAGCAGCAGCAACAACAAAAUUAAGAGCCAAAUAUUUAACUUAUAAGAUUUACGUUUAAACGACUUUGUAACUUAAGCGAGCACAUCAGAAACAAACUAGCAGAGAUAGCAUAUAGAUGAUUAUUUCGACUCCGAAGGAUCCCAGCAACCUCAAGAACAUCAAGACCACAACGUAAACUUAAGUGUAGACUAAAAGCCAACAGCAAGAUACGCGUUAUGAAUACGUAUGCCAGCGUUUUACGUAUGCAACCAAACCUGGGGAUUGCUUGGAGUUACAAUAUGUACACCAAUUUUUUUUUUUUGUUCGGAUUAAUUAGAUAAUUUAUGUGAGCAAGACCACCGCCUAAGCAAAUACUGUAAACCCAAGUGGAUCGCAUAAGGGAUCCCGCACAAACGACUUAUCAACAGCAAGCAGACGAGACGGGCAAACGGUUCGGAUCGCAUGCUUGCUUUUCCUUUUCUUUUUUUUGUUUGAACUCAACUUCAGACCAAGUUCUUCCCAAGCAAACCAAAAUUCUCAAGAAAUCAAGGAGGAGGAGACCAGAGAAGAAUCUAGGAUAAUUACACUAAUCAAUUAAUUUCAUGUUUUCGCUCUAAGUUCUAGAUGCUAUAAGCGCUUCGUGUGGAGCAAAACAAACAAAACAAAAACAUUUGAAUACGAUUAUAAUUAUAUUAUAAUACACACACAAACACCUAUAUCUGGUCACUUCUAACCAAUUAUAACAAAACUGAAAAUACAGAAAGUAAUUAUGUUUUAAUUUAUGCUAGUAGUUUGUGGGUUGCGCAAAAAACUCAUCGAAUUAAGAAUAACACUUGGAUAAUAAUGACAAGCAACAUUGUACUAGGAUAAAGAGGUUUAUUUUUAAAGCAACCGGUUUAUGCGCGACUUUUGAACUAUUGUCAGAUUUAUACCUAACGCAUAUAUUCGUAUAUAGUAAUGUUUUUUUGUAUUUCGCAUUAGUUUUAUGAAAAAAUUAUAGGAAUCAACUUAAGCGUAGAUUUACAAACUUGUUCCUGUGUUGUUAAAAUCAGAAAGUAAAAACGUAUUUUAGUUGAAACUUAACGAAGCAUACGCAUACACAAACACUCACACACAUUAACACAAGCAUACGUAUACAUAUACAUAAUGUUAAGGCCUCCAAACAAAGCAACAAACAAACAAACAAAACAAACAAACGAAUCAUAAGCAAUAAUGGAAUGUUUUCGUUGUAAAAGAGGUAAAAAUUAAACAAACUAAUACUCACGUUGAACAUAAAAUAAACUAUCUAGAUGUUUUGGCGUGCCUUCACCCAUGAAUAGGAAAACAAAAACGAAAUACGAUAGCCAAUUGUACAAUCAUUCAAAUAGUACUUCCAGACCAGAACUCUCAAACUUUGUAAAUAAUCCCAAAAUUGAUGUCUUUCAAUUAAACGUGAAUUGCCUCAUUCUUACAUCAACCUUAAAUUUCUUUUGUGCUUAACAUAAAAACCCACUUUCAUAUCGUUCAACUUAUGCAUAAUCAAAAUAGCAAACAAAAAAUGGGGAAUUUAAGAGAAAUAUCAACGUAUUUUUUUUUUUGUUUUUCUUUAAUUAUUUAUAGAUUUCUUCUACCAACCUAUAUAUUUUGAUUUGCAUAAACAAAAUCGAGAAAUGAAAAUGCCUUUAGGGAACAAAUAACUAGCGCGGAAAGGAAAGAGAUAGGUAGUUUUAGGUAUAGGCAUAGGUAUAGGGAAAGAGAAAGAGUAGGAUAUUGAACAGAUCGGAGCCGAAAUGUAUUUUUUUGUGUAUGCGAAUGUGGAUAGGUCGAAGUAGGCCCGAACGUGUUACAAUUGCAAAAUUAACUAGCCACUAAGCCUAGCCCUAAGUUAGUUGAGAAACGGAAUACUAAAUUGUAAGCCAAAAUGCAUAUAGCAAUCUAAAAACCUAAUGGAACCUAACGAGAACCUAAAUGUAAUCUAAAUGUACAUAAAAUAGUUGUUAACAAAUCACAAAAAACAAACGAAAGCAAGAAACCAACCAUAGAGUAAUAUCUUCACGUCUAACUGCCUUCGAAAAAAAAAACAAACAUGAAAAACCAAGAAAACGUAACGAAACGAAACAAAAUCCUUUUGAAUGCGAUGUAUUCUAUUAUAAAGACGACUGUAAAUUGCUUCAAUUGAACCUUGUACUUUCACCACAUUUUUUGUUAGAGCAACAACAACAACAACAACAAACAACAGACAUACGGAUCGAAAGGCCUAAAUAAGUGUAUUUGGUUUCAUGAACUUUAAAAAAGCAAAACUAAAUAUUAAUAUAGUAUACAGAUAUAUUUUUGAUUAUUAUGUAUUUAAAGAGAACAAUGAAAUGAUGCAAGUAUCGAUGAUAACUAAGAGAAAACAAAUUGAGAAAUCAAAUAGCAUAAUUCUGUUUUUGUUUUGCCGUAAAGACUGCAUUAUACCAACAAUUAAUUAUAUACAACAUAAUAAAUAAAUAACUGAUAAAUGGCGAGUAAGCUUUGCAUUAAGCAGACAACAAAACGGAUGAAUAAAUAUUAAAUCAAACAGAAAAAUUCUAAACACAAUUAAAAAAAAAAAAAAAAACAAAAAACAUGGACAACAAAACCAAGAAACAUUUAUUUAUUAGCUACUAAGAGAACGCAGAUGCAAAUAGAAGUUUCGCUAGCGGAGAUCGAGUCAGGCCAGAGCGGACCUUAAAGGUACCGCACCCAAUACGAAAAGCAAGAUGAAAUUACCUUACCAAAACGUGCUAGCCCCCCAUCCACCAUAAUCCAUGGUAGUUCGGAGGGCGAGUCUACAAAAGUCUAUAAUAGGGCGAUAAAGAGAAUCGGAUUAAUUAGAACUAUCGUACGAUAAAUCAAUUACCAACUAACUGGCUAACGUAUACCCAAUAAGAUCUAUAGUUCCCCUAAUCCCUGAAACUAGUUGUAAGUACAUAAGUUGCAAGCAAAUGAAAAACUAAAAGUUAGAUUUAUACACAAAAGGAUAUAUUCAUAUAUAUAUAUAUAUAUUUGGAGAAGAAUGUGGGUAGGAGCAGAGAGGUUUACUUUGGUUUUGAGAUUGUUUGCCGCAUCUUCACAUCUCAAGCAAUACAUUUAUAUACCAUAGUUAUUCCGAAGCCCGGCGAUUUUUCGAAACCUCAGUUUUGGGCCACCAGAACUGGCGAUUUCAAAUAUCAAUCGUUUCGUGGUAUACAUUUGGUUAUGAAUAUCUAACAAAAAGCCACACAAACAUUAGCGACAACAACUUAUUUGAUGUAUUUAGUUUAACGUUUAGCCCUUAGUUUCAAAUCACACACGAAACAAAAAAAAAAAACGAAAUUUGAGGAACGUGAAAAUGCCUUUCCUGAAC